CCUGAUUGUCGAUAGGAGGCGCCACCAUUGCUGUUUGGACUUCUGUUUCAGAUCAAUUGAGCAACCACAUGGUCUGUAGUCUGUAUUGAAGUUUAAAAGGUUAGACCAUUGAUUACAACAAACUGUCAACAUGGAUAUUGCACUGAAGAAAGAGUACAUGAAGGCAAAGAAACUUGCGCAUCCCAAUAGUAGGAAGUCCAUUGCCAUUGCAAAAAGAACCAAGAAAAUAUCAAACAGACAGAAAGCAAAAUUGAGUGGAUUGAUAAAGCAGAAUUUAAUAGGAGAGAAAAUGAUGUGGAUGAAAGAGCACAUGGUCCCAGAUGUAUGUCCCUAUACUCCAGAAUUAACUGCCAGUCUAUUAGAAACGUACAUAGCAAGGAAUGAUGAAGAACUAGAACAGAUUUCUAUAAAACGUUCUAUAAGUAAUAAAAGGAACAGACAGCAUGCAAGCAGGGAAGAUGUGAUUAGGAUGACCAAGGAACGUGAACAGGAAGAAUAUAACACUUGUGGAAUAGAAAUUACUGAUAUUUUAAAUGCAAACCAAUGUCAGAUGCUAAGAAAAUGGAAUGGUGAAUUAAAGUAUAUGACUAAUUUUAAAUUCAGAAGAUUUGGUAGAAAACAUUUGAAUGAAGCUUUACAGAAAGCCAAUAAGCCACCAAAGGAGCACAUAAAGAAGAAUGUACAGACUAAAAUGUCUGACAAGUCAGAAAGAUCCUCAGAAGAGGAUAAACCUGAAAAUAUAGAGAAUUCUUCCUUAAACAAAUCAACAGAAGAUGAUCAACCUACAGAUUCUGGCAUGGAAGUAGAAUAAAUGUUAUAUUCUUCGUUUUUUAAUUAACCUUUUUAUGAUUUAUCAUUUAUUGUCCCUUAAAAAGUAAUUUUCUCGCGAAACGAAAGCAAACAGUUUCGUUUGCGUAAUUUCACGCAUUGCGUGAAUUCGUCUCGCUCUCAUCUCUCGCGGGGAACAAAGGAGUCGCUAGGAAGGAAAAAUACGACAGAAAGAAAAAAGUGUUUGAUUGUGAAAUAAACUACGAAACUGGAACAUGUGAAUAAGUCACGUGUACACAACGAAUUCUCGAAGCUCGUUUCUCGUGUUUCCUCGAUCUUUCUUCAUUUCGUUCCUUAUGCCACUUUGUUAUAUAACGAUAGGAACACAUUAUUCCCAGAAUAAGGAUUGAAACACGAGAAAUAACACGAUUCGGAUUUGAAAAAUUGAAACCUUUGAAAGAGUGCAAAGUAAUUCGAGAUCCGAGCGUAAACAUGAUUCGAGAAAGUUUGAACAAUUUUUAUUCCCCUACGUCGAACCUUCGACUUCCUGUGCGUGUCUCAAACGCAGCUGCAACGAUUGCAGUUGCAAUGAAUUUCUCUAAAAGACUGUGACGAAGAAAAGCGAAGAGGGGGACACCGAUCACGUGGAUAAGAGUGAAAGUUAGCGAGAUUUUUGCUUUGCUAAAUUAUUGCCAUAUUCUUUCUGUUAUAAAUCGAUCUUCGAUCCUCGUCCCAUUUGCAAUUCUCAUUGAUACUUGAAAGAUGUGAAUGAACUAUGUCACCAGUUUAUUUCCUUCAGAAUGUCGAUGUUAAUUAAGAGAAGCUUACAUCAAA